UAAACACACCGAUAGAGAAAUAUCACAGCGAGCUGUCAAACAUAAUAUCAUAUGUGAUUUCAAGUUUAUUGCGUACGUGUUGCGCUGUUAAAUACUACAUUUUUCAAAAUUUAAUUGAGUUUAUGGGUACACUAUGUCGCCUGAACCCACACAAGAACCCAUGCAGGAGAAUCUGACAGUCUCCAAUGUAAAUCUAGAUGCAAGAAUGGCAAAUGAUGAGGAUGAUAGUGAAGAUGAAGAUAUGGGAAUGGCAGGAUAUCUCCCAUUAUCUCAAGUAUCUACCGAUGCUGAUCCUAUGUUGGAUGAAGAAGAGAAUGACGAAUGGUUAUCUGGAUUUGGUGAAGGUGGUCAACCAGUAUCUGUUUCAACAACUGAUGCAACUGAGCAAAGUUGUUCUUCAGAAGUAUUGGAAGUAUGGUCAUGCGCGCACAAUCGCUCCGAUAUUGAUUUAGAUGCGACUAAAAUCAAGGAAGUCAAAUCUGUAAUGGCAUCCAUCACCCUUCCGGAAACAUCUAUUCCGCCAUGGGCGAAUGCAAUCUCUGAAGAGCAGUGGAAGGAGCAGCUUCUUGUUCGCAUUAAAGAGAUGCAGAACAAAGAGUCGUAAAAUGUAAAUUGCAAGGUAGUAGCCGAUGGCCGCUAAAUGGCUAAAUUUUAAAAUCUUUAUCAUCAAACUGCACAUAAGUUGUACAUUUAAAGUUAUUCGAAAUUUUAUUACGAUAUAAAAAGAUGUGAAAGUAUGAUUGAAAUAUUGGGCAUCGCUGAGUCAUAGAUGUUUUAUCCAGCAGUUAAAUAUAAAAUAGAGUGUUUGAUUUUUAUAUUAACUAAUCUAAGAGUUUACGAAUGGAAUGGAUUUCAACACUAAUUUACUAACGCAUAGGAUGUGCAACUGUGAUGUGAGAGGAGAAGUAAUCAAACGUAUUAGUCAAAUGAAUUGAAGUAUAUUAUUAUUAUCUUUCUUUUUUUUAUACGAUAUAUGUUGUUUUGAAGCAGAUUGUAAGAGAUAUAUGAUAUAUUAGUUUAAUUAAUAAACAUCGCUCGAUGAGA